AUGCCGAUGGCGAAAUGGACAGUCGAUGUGCUGUAUUACAAAAAGCCGCGAAUAAAAGGCAAAAAUAGCUACCAACCACCGCGAUUCUCCCCAUGGUUCCACAACAUCCCCUUUCAAGCCUACCCUACAGGUCGUAGUAUUAGGAAUGGUGGAGUGUUUGUGCGCCCAUGGGUUGCAAGCUUGGCAUGGGGGACGUGGGACGAGGGCUGGGGUGGGGGGAUACACGGGAGAUUGGCAACCGCUUUGUUCAACCUCAUACAGGGCAAUGCUGUAAUGUCCUUUGCUGUUGUGAAAGAGUACAUGGCUGGACGUCGCUGCCCGCGGUUGAUCAAUUGUGUACUCCCGCGGAAUUGCCAUGACCCGCGGAGUCGUAGAGUCCAACGCCAUCUCUUCCAUCAUCUUGCUCCGUCCAAUUCCUUCAAGAUACAGCUCUCCGUUGGGCUUUCGUUGUCGUUUCUGAAUGCCCAGAAGGACACCGGUUCUCUGUUUCGGGACUGGAAAGGACGUUGUCCCAUGUAUGGCUGCAUGAAUCCAGUGCCCUCUCGUGGAAUUGGAAAUCUUCAGGCCGCAAAUCACCCUCCACGGACGCUGUCCCGGAUACGGCAUCAGUACAGUGCCACCUCCCUCUUCCUCUACGACCGUUUCCGAGGAUCUGCUGGAAGCCCCCUGAUGAAUUGUCGCGACAGCUGUCGGUUGGUUCAGAAGACUAGGCGGCGUAACAUGCAACUGCGUGGACAACGUAUAACUGGACUUGGUGCUUGUUUUCAGCUUGGGAUACCUCCUAUUGCACGCCUUGGGCUGUUCUGUGUUGGGCUGUUCCGUGUCAGCCUUGAAGCCCUUCCUGACAGCUCGAGGCUUGAUGAUGAUCGAGCGCAUCGUCCAGACAGAGGUCCUUCUCUCGCGACACUAACACCCAAUGUCGCUACGGCGGGCAUGACUCACGCCCGCUUGGGCUCCUGUCCGCGGUCUACGAUGGUCAGACACUGCGCUGAGCCGAAGGAGGGCAAUAGCGGAGGAACGGUGGUUGCCUGCGCAGGGCGUGGUCUCGUGCUCCGGGUAGGUCCGGUCAGAGUGUCGAUGCAACAGCUCCCGACGCUGAGUAAGAAAGCCGUUGCAGCUUCCGAGGCGCAAAGUCAUCUACGUCACUUUGGGAUGGGUGUGCACCCAACAGGCACAGGCACAGGCACAGACAGAGGCACAGGCACAGACAGAGGCACAGGCACAGGCACAGGCACAGGCACAGGCACAGGCACAGGCACAGGCACCUAA